AUGCACGCGAAUGAUUCUUUACAUACUGGGUUAUAUCCUUCACAUCACCGUGCUAAAAUGGAACUACUACACAAUAAAUCUCAGGAAAGUGCAAAGGUGUUUACAUUUGAGUUCUUGGAGCCGUACUCCGACGGUCAGUGUAACUACGACAACUGCCUGCUGUGCCUGUCGGACGCGGCGUGCGGCUGGUGCGAGCUCAGCGGGCGCUGCGAGGCGCGCCACGUGGACGAGCGCGUGGCCUGCAGCGCCGGCGGCCAGUGGCGCUACCUCACGCUGCAGCCCGCCGCCUGCCCCAACUGCUCCAACUACAUCAGCUGCGAGCGCUGCGUGGGCGGCAACUACUGCGAGUGGUGGGCCGACGAGGCCCGCUGCGCGCGCCGCGGCCGCGCCGCCGGGGCCAUCUCGUCGCGCGACGCCUGCCCCGCGCCCUGCCGCCUGCGGGCCGACUGCGAGCACUGCCUCGACGAGCGCGGCCGCUGCGUCUGGUGCGAGGCCACGCGACAGUGCUUCAGCUUCAGCGUCUACACCAGCGAGUACCAGUUCGGCCUGUGUCGCGAGUGGCUGGACCGCGCGUCCUCGCCGCCGGACGACGCGGCGCGCAAGGCCGGCCAGUGCAAGUCGUGCCGGCGCCACGCGCAGUGCGCGGCCUGCCUGCGCAGCAUGGGCUGCGGCUGGUGCUACUCGCACGACAACCCCAUCAACGGCGCCUGCACCGAGGGGGACUUCACGCGCUCGCACGCAGACUGCGCCGCCGUGCUCAACGUCACCACCAGCGACGCGGGCUGGGCCUACGCGCAGUGUCCCGACGUGGACGAGUGCGGCCUGGGGCUGCACGACUGCCACGAGCACGCCAUCUGUAACAACACCCACGGCUCCUACACGUGUAAAUGUAAGCAGGGAUACAUUGGCGACGGCAAGAAGAGUUGUAUGCGCACCUGUUACAAUAACUGUAUCCAUGGCUAUUGUCUCGGAUCUCCUCAAUACAAGUGUAACUGUGAUUUGGGCUGGACGGGAGCAGACUGUUCGAUAAACUGUGGCUGUCAUAAUCACUCGACGUGUAGGCUGGGCGUGGGGCGCUGUGAUGAGUGUCAGGACUGGACGGAGGGAGAGUUCUGCGAGUCUUGUAAGCCCGGCAGUCACGGCAAUGCUACGACGGGCCAAGGGUGUCGCAGGUGUGACUGUAAUGACCAUGGUGAUGAGACACGCGGUGUCUGUGACGUUGCUACUGGAGAGUGUAUUUGCAAAGAUAACACCGAAGGGUUGAACUGUGAACGUUGUAAACCUAAGUUUUAUGGCGAUCCAAGGCAUGGUGGCAAAUGUUACUACCAAUGUGAACCUAGAGGAAUGUUAAAUGCAACAGAAACUGAAGGAAUUGGCUCCUACAAAACAGACCCUGAUAUAAAAACAAUUGGACCUUCGAAGGAGUGUUUAUGGAUAAUAUCUGCUGACGAUAUCAAGGAUGCAAUCAUUCAGUUCACUAUAAAUUCCUCUACUUUCGAUGUUCCCUGUGAUGAGAAUGCUGUGUACGUUUACGACGGUCUGGGUGGCGUGCCUGACUUGAGCAAUAAUCAACAGAGUCAGUUGCUCGGAGUAUUCUGCAAUGGUGCUUCAUCAGGAGUGAUAGAGGCUCGCAGUGGUAACCUGACGGUCCACUACAAACAAGGGCAACCGGAGCAAGGCUUCGAGGGCAGCUACAAGGUGUUGGCUUGCGACGGGCACUGCUCGUGGCCCAGGGAGUGCAACAAGCGGCACUGCGCGUGUCGCGAGGGGUACGGCGGGCCCAACUGUGACUACGAGAUCUGUCGCAACAACUGCAGCGUGGCGGCCAGCGCCGGGCUCUGUGACGCUAGCUACGGGAGAUGUCUAUGUAAUGAAGGUUUCGGAGGCGAUGACUGCUCCAUCAGACUCGAUAAAACACAGCUUGUGUUCACUGAGCUAUUUAACUCCGAAUAUUUAUCUGAAGGUUUAGAUCACUUGAGGAAAACACUCCCUAGAUUUGGCCAUAGUUUAGUUGCCGAUAGACGUGGGCUUUGGAUGUUCGGCGGCUACUCUCUUUCACACGGUCCAUUAAACGACAUUAGAUUCUUCGAUACGAAAAAUAACACCUGGAUGCAAGUUACUGUGGAAGCUACGCCAGAUGCUAAGAUGCCAGAAGGUCGAUAUUUUCAUGCAGCUGAGAUCUAUCACUCGAAACAAAAUAUUUAUAUUUAUGGAGGUUUGAGUUUGCAAGAGAAGAGCGGACAGAACAAGACGCUCGGAGACUUUUGGCAGUUUAGCUUGAAAGACCAGAGGUGGAGCAACAUUCGGGGCAAGGAUAAAGACAAAGACGGACAGCCACCUGCACUGGCCGGGCAUACGCUAACUCUACAGAAGUAUUUAGACUAUGAAAGUUUGGUUUUGAUUGGCGGAUUUUCUCUCGAAGAAGGUUUUAUGUUUGAUGUGUGGGAAUUUGAUCUGGACAAUGAGAAAUGGAUUAAAUUGAAAGAUGGAGGUGCGAAACCUUCGGGAAUAAUUGGCCAUAGCACUAUUUACCAUGCGCCAUCUCAAAGUCUGUAUGUGUAUGGUGGGAUCUUAUACUCAUACAACGGCACUAUGUUAUCUAACAAGCUGUUUUCGUUCCACUACCCUACAAAGCAGUGGAGUGAACUACCAACAUUCCCGAUAUUGAACAACUAUUACGACAACUUGCCACAAGCCACAUACUUGCACUCGGCAGUCACGACCAAUGAUUACAUGAUUAUUUUCGGAGGAAGGACUGACCCGGAAAAUAGAUCUGACUCUCUUAUAGCGUACAUCUACAGCUGCAACCAAUGGGUUCGACUUGUUAAAGGCGUAAGUAUCGUCGGUCACCCGCCUCCGCCCACGAUAGCUCACGCCAUGGCAAUAGACAUAGACACAGAAAACGAAGGUUACAUCUACAUCAUAGGCGGUUGGACGGGCAGCGCUCACUGUCAAGUUACCCGCAUCUCUUUGCCUGAAGACCUGUGUUCGCUAUGGAGUUCCAACAAGUUCGAGUGUCGCAGUCAUAUGGGGUGUAGUUUCUGUAGUACUGGGAAUUAUACGAAGUGUUUCUCGGUGGAUAAGCCUGGCUGUGAGGGCAGUGACAGUGUGGCAGUGAACCCGGGCGCCGCGUGCGACUCGGAGCUGGUGUCCACGCGCGCGUGCGAGAACUUCACGACUUGUACGUCGUGCCUGGCGGCCUGGCCCAUGUACCCGGAGGACAAGCCCGCCUGUCGCUGGUGCGAGUCAUGCGCUGCAGCUGUCGGUGAAUGUGUACCCACGGACGAAUCCUGUACCAGUAUGAAAUGUAACGCUGGCACUACCUACAUCAGUGACGUGGGUAACUGUCCAGAACUCAGAUGUGCAUCAUCUGACUGUGAAAAAUGUGUGUCUAAAGAAUGCACUUGGACUAGACAUGCUGUGAGGGAAGGUCAAUUAACAAGAAUAGCAGAUGAGUCGAUGGAACUGUUCAACUGGACGUGUGCGUCUAUAGAGGAGCCAGGUCGCACCAGUCUACGAGCGACCAAGAGCGAGGAGUGUCCGAGCCGGUGCAACAUGUUCGACGACUGCCAGUCGUGCCUGAGCACGGACGGCGGCGAGGGAGGGUUCGCGGAGUGUCGCUGGGCGACGUACCUGGGCAAGUGCAUCUCGCCGGCCUACCAGCCCGUGUACUGCGCGGGCGGCGUCUGCGGCCUGGUGCUGGCGCGCGGCGGCCGCAGCAAGUGCCCGGCGCCCUGCGCCACCUUCGAGCAGUGCGCCGACUGCCUGCACCACUCGCACUGCGGCUGGUGCGCGCUGGCCGGCGCCAACGGCCGCGGCGUCUGCUCCGAGGGCUCCAUCGACUCGCCGCUCGACUACUCCACGCGCACCACCUGCGCCGCCGUCUACUCCGCCGCCAACCACGACGACUACUCCAACGACACCUUCUCCUGGCACUACACGCGCUGCCCGCCCGAGAACGAAUGCGAGAAUAACCACCACCAGUGCAAAGCAGAAUCUGAGGUUUGUCGAGAUUUACCCGAGGGCUACGAGUGCGCGUGCGGCGCGGGCCACAAGCGCGCGGCGGGCGGUGCGGGCGGCGCGGGCGGUGCGGGCGCGGGCUGCGUGGCCGUGUGCUCGCAGGGCUGCGUGCGCGGCGCCUGCGUGCAGCCCGACGUGUGUCGCUGUGAGUUCGGGUACGUGGGCGCCAACUGUACCAUACAGUGCCAGUGUAACGGACACUCCGACUGCGAGGGACCCGACAAACUCGACAAGUGUAUCGAGUGCCAUAACAACACCAUGGGUGAUCAAUGUGAAAAAUGUAAACCAAACUUCGUGGGCGACCCAGUGAACAACGUACAGUGCGUGCCGUGCUCUACGUACUGUCACGGCCACACGUCUAUAUGUACGAGCGAGGUGGACGUGACCCCGGUCCGCGAGCUGGGCGGGCCGGCCGAGCCGGACGACUACCGGGACGGCAGCGCCAAGGCACGUUGUGUACGCUGUGCCAACAAUACAGACGGGCCUCGCUGUGAGAGGUGUAUUGAAGGAUACUUCAGGGGCUCCGAUGACUUUAGAGACCCUUGCAGACCGUGUGAAUGUCACGGACACGGCGACACCUGUGACCCAGUAACGGGAGAGAAAUGUAACUGUGGCAACAACACAGAGAGUGACAUAUCUUGCCAGACGACCAGCUCCAGUAAGAACUCAGCGCAGGAAUGCUGGCGCUACCAGUGCGUGAAAUGUAAGGACCUUUACAUGGGCGACCCUAGGAACGGACACCAGUGUUACAAGACUAUCAAUAUAGAAAACAAACUUUGCUUCGAUGGAAAAUCAAUUGAUGAGUGCAAAAUUAAGCCACGCCCUCUGUACCCUGGUCAGACAGUAUUCGUGGCGGUUAAUCCGAGAUACAUGAACGUAGACAUACGAGUGAUAGUAGACGUGACGCAGGGUGCAGUGGACCUCUACCUCAGUCCAAACGACAGUUCGUUUGUAGUGUCAGUGAACUCUAGUAAUGGAGACCACUCGGUGGAGUUGGACCCCACGUAUCACAAACAUGAGCCGAGUCGACGAGUGCCGUCGUUCGAUGACCACGUGCCCGAGGAACCACGCGUCACCUGGUACUAUGAUAAAGUGGAGUACACUCUGGCAGACUACACAGCGAAGGACCUGGCGACAUACGUCACGGUGGACCGCAGGAAUAUCUUACUUCGCGUCAGGAACCUCCGCAACCGCCUUGUGCUCACUCUCCCCCAAAACGUGCACGAUCUCACACACACCAAGUUCUACAUCGUAGUCCGGCCCGCCACACUGAAGACGGUGCCGCCAGCUUCGGAGUUAUCUUCUUCCGCCAAGACCAGCUGCACAUAGACCUGUUCGUGUUCUUCUCUGUGUUCUUUUCUUGCUUCUUCCUGUUCCUGGCCGCAUGCGUGGUGGCAUGGAAAGCUAAACAAGCUGCCGAUGUUCGCCGGGCGCGACGGAGACACGUUGUUGAGAUGCUGCACAUGGCAAAGCGACCUUUCGCUGCGGUGACGGUGGUACUAAGCGGUGGUGUGACGUCAGCAGGCCCCCGCCGUCGUCGGGCCCCUGAUCUGCGACCCGUCGCUAUCGAGCCCACUGGCGAUGGCCGUGCCGCUGUCACAUCUGUUCUCGUGAAACUGCCUGGAGGGUCCCGUGUACCCGUGCGGUUGGCACUGGCGUCGUCCCUGGUGCUAGUAGCGCGAGCGCCUGCAGCCCGGCAGCGGCGCGCGCCGCCCCUGGCGCGACUGGCGGCGCACACCUAG